CAUUCGCCAAACACGCAAGCAUCACAUCCCACCACGAUUUCAGACACAAAACAAACGCUGCCCUUCAUUUUCUCUACUCAAACUCUCUCUUCCACCACGCCCUUCGUAAGUGUAGGCGCAAACUGCCUCUUCGAAGCCCUAAGCCGCAGACUCAACCGACACCUCCUUCUUCGGACCUCCGCUCGCCGGAGGAAAAUCCGACCUCCUCUCCAUCGAAAACCUCGCGGGCGGACUGGAUAUGAAGGAUCUAUCCACGGCGGCGGCGCGGCUCUUCGCCGAAUUGAAGAAUUACUGGCACAGGACGCUGGGGGCGGCAGAUGCGUGAUUUUCGGCGACCCCGCAUUUGACGCGAUGUUGUCCAUGCAGUUAUCUUGCAGUGAUGGAUGCAAUAAAGAUGUCCCAGUUGCAAUGAUUAGCUUUCACAACUGCAGCCUUGAUGCCAAAAUUAAGAUGAAUCUGGGAACUCAUUCCAUUCUGUUUAGAUUAAUUACAAUUAUUCUGUUCUGGCAUGUAGUUAUGAGCACAAAGUCAGAUCCACCCUUCUUUCUCGCUGACUUAUCCGGUGGCGGAGAUUGGCGGACUGCUUCUGUGAGCGGAAGCAACCAGCAACUUACUUCACCAAGCGGUCGGCAGCUAGGACCGACGGAGGUGCGAGUGGUGCUGAUUAAGACUGCUGGCUCACAAAGGAGAUCGCCGGCUACUGCCAGAAAAAAGCCAGAAACAAGCAAUCAGAAAGACCCUUUUGAUGCCAAGGUUCUACACGAGGAAUCUCGACGAGAUCGGGCAGCUUUUCAACACGGACUCAGGUUCUGGAUGCAGACGAAGAGCGCAAAUUCUCCAGUCGUAGUCGGGCCGAAAUGA